AUGUCUUCAGGUUCUCAAGGUGACAAUGGCACUUUGGUAGUAGCCGGUCCAGACACCAUCCAAGUGGCAGACUUCUUCGUCAAAGCGUCCAUCCUCCAUCCUCUGGUGAUUGGCUCAAUAGCCAUUGUGGUUCUCUUCACCUGCCUCCGCUUCUUCAGCAACCGCUCCAUCGCAGCCAUGAACGUGACAGACUGGAUCGCCAAUGUCGCCAUCGGCAGCACCUUGGCUGGAAUCUGCAAUGGCAAUUCGCUCACCCGAGGCUUGCUGUCACUUUGCACCAUCCUCGGUUUCCAAUACUUGAUGUCCUUUNUGGGUGCACGUUUGCCGGCUCAACAUGGCUGGAUAUUGACUUCUCCUCCUAUUAUUAUUGCUUUCCGCGGCAAGCUGUUGACCAAAGUCAUGGUUCGACAUCGGAUUUGCUUGGGAGACUUUUACGCUUCUUUGCGCCAGAAGAAUGUUUUGGAUGUUUCGGAGUUGGAGUGUGUGUUUAUUGAGGCUAAUGGGUCGUUUUCGAUUUAUACUAGGAAACAGAUUGGCAAUUGUCAGAAGGUGGAUGUUUUGAUGCAAGUACCGAGUUAUAAGGCGUUGUGUGAUGAUGCUGAUGAGAGGAUUGUUGAAAACAAUGGGCACAAGGAGGGGGAGAAAAACUGUGAUGAUCAGCAAAAUGACCUUGCUUGUGAUGCUUGUUGA